AUGGAAUCGCCACUUUCGAUCACAUUAGGUGAGCGUAUGAGCGCAUAUCUAGUAAGCUCUGAAGAUUAUCUAAAACAGAGAAAAAGAACUAAUAAACGUCUUUUAAAGCUCCGUCAUGAAUUAAAUUUGAUUACGAAAGAUACCAAAAACUACAAACAGAAGGAAAAAAUCUCAAAAACAGGGGUAGAAGAUUAUAACAAAGAUGAAAGAGUUGGACUACUUCUACUUUUAACUGCGGAAAGGGAUAUUUUAUAUGCCCUUGAACUUAAAAGUUUGAUGGAAAUUGGUAGUCAUAGAGCAUCAUCUUAUAAGACCCUCAUGAUUAGUAGAAUAAAGAGGGCUCUUAUGACCUCAAAGAAAUUACUUGAAAUCAGUAAAGAGGAAAAGGAUGAUAUAAAAUUGCUCGAAUUGUUUACUUAUACUUCCUUAAUUCAAGGAUUUUUAUCUAUUAAUAAGAAAAAAUGGCCGAUAGCCACAAAUGCCUUUUCAAUUUCUAAAUGUGCCUUAGAUUUCUUGCUUUCUCGCCUAGAUGAAAGCCCGGAAGAAAACGAGAUUGAUUCCAUUCAGUAUAGGAAAACAUUUCUCAAUGAGAUCGCUGAUACAAUUGUGGAUCCAUCGUUGAGCUUGGUAAUUUCGCAAGAUGAGUCGCUUCAUGAGAACACAGUCGAUUUAAGAUCCAUUUCCCGUAAGCAUUGUCACGAAAAUUUGUUGCCAUACUUGCACCCUGCUGUGAAAAUUAUACAAAAAAUCGACCCCAGAUUCGUUUCUGAAAUCUCUUCAUCAGUAGAUCUUCUCAAAUCUAUUGAGUGGAGGGGACAUGAGGCUCUGUUGUAUAACGAUGAGAUUUCGUUCAAAAUUAUGAAGUUGACCGACGAGAACAAAAAUCCCUGGAAAAGCUUUAAAGAUGCAAACCAGUUUGACUCUCUCUUAGCAGGUUGGAGAGAAGUUUUAGAUUUGCAUACCACAGAUUUAGAAAAAAGCAGAGACGAUGAUGAUCUUGAGAAGGUGCAGGAUAGAGCUAUUCUUCUUACAUACAUCAAUUACAAUUUGCUAUUUACAAGAUUAAAAAGAGAUAUGUUAAUUAUCGACCAGUUGAAUGAUUCUACUAAUAUAUCAAAGAGGCAAGAUAUCGCCAGAUUAUAUGGUACCAUAAUUGAAACAAUUGAAGAAAUCAAAGAUUUACCUGGUGUUUAUAACGAUGGUGACUUAUAUGAGUCCUUGGAAAGAUUAUCGCUGUAUUUCGCCGCUAAGAAGCAUAUUAAUCUAGCUGAUUCUUUUAUCUUGAAUAAGAAGUUUCCUGAGGCUCUCAAAAUUUUCAAAUAUAUUUUUGACAUACAUUCACAACUGGGAGAUAAUUAUUUCAAAAUUAAAAAGUUUCCUUACGAUGUUGCAACCAAUGACGGCUAUAGCAAAUUUCAAAGGGAAUUAACAAAAUUGAUCACUCAGGCCCAAAUAUCGGCUCAAUUUGCCAAGGACUCAUCUUCUAUCUUUUCAUCAUAUGCGAUAGAGAAUCUUCACAAAUAUCCAAGCUCAGAUUUUAACUCGUUGGUGAGAUUAAGAGAAGAAUCUAAUAUCGAACCAAUAUUAUGCAAACCUGUUUUGUUCGAUGUUGCUUUCAAUUAUAUCGGCUAUGAUUUCGAUAGCUCUAGUUCACGUGCAGCCAGUGAUCCAUCACCGGCCGAUAUAGAUUCGUCGAAGGGAAAAAAGAGAGGCUUCCUUGGAUUAUUUGGUCAAAACUAA